CAAAAACAUAAUAGCGGCUGCAUAAUGAUAUGCUACAUGCUAACUGCUAAGCACAACAAUUGGGUUAUGGCCGAAGGCAUAGCCCGUUUGUGCGGAUGGGGUAGCCUUCAUCCACCUUGAUACCGGGUCUGGAUCCCAAUCUGCAAUGGAGCAGCCAACCAUCUGUCGAAGUAUCUGGUCCGUUACCUCUUCCUUCGCCGGUUUUGAUUUACAAAUGGAUGAGCCUCGGCAAAAGGAACCGGCCUUGUCCUUGGUGAUGUGAUACCAAUACCCCUAAAUGAGACAAAUUUAGAACAGUCAAAGGACGGUAGCCGGCUUUUGUCAUAAUCAUUCAAGACAUAUUAGAUCUUAGGCAGUCACGCCUGGAUUACAAGAUAUCCCCAUCCAUUAAGAUGAAGAAGAGCAGUGACUGUGCCAUUGCCUUUUUUUGUAUGGCUGAUUGAGUCUUAGAUGGCAAAUCGAUUUGCUGAAGUCAAGUAUACAGGUAAUUAAGCAUAUUUGGAUUCACAUUUAAUUGCCUAAAGUCCACCCAAAUUCCACCCCACCUAACCAGAUAGUAUCUUUCUCUCUUCUGUUUCCUCUAUAAAUUGAUCCUUUUUGAACCUUUAACCAGCAUCUCUGAAAAUUCUUUCCUGAAUCUUAAAAGAAAAUGUCUAAGCUCUGCACCCUUUUCAUUGCUGCCCUUCUCCUCAAUUUUCUGCUAAGUUAUGCUGCUCAACCCGGGCCUGCUUUACCCUUAACUCAACACGAGGAAGUUGAGGCAGAGAAAGUUGACAUUGAUGAGAACUGUGAUGGAGUUGGCGAAGAGGAUUGCUUGAUGAGAAGAACCCUUGCUGCUCAUGUGGAUUAUAUUUAUACUCAGAAUCACAAGCCAUGAAGUUGAAUUGUUGUAGGAGAAAAUAAACAAUAGUUCAAAUUGAACCAUCAGACCAUAAAUAAAUUAUGUUUUCUGGCCAAGUUGACAUGACUGUCUAGAUGGCUUAGCCGGUUCAGUUUCACAGUCAGGAUGUUUCUGCAGUGAUCGAGAGUUUUAAUUGAUAAUUACAAAAGAAAUUAUUCAAUUGCUUCUUUUUUUUUGGCUUAUCGUCUUGUUCGCAUUUAUAGUUGCUUUAACCUGCAUUGGUGAGCCCCAGUUUAUCCACUUCUUUGCAGAUGCAUACUUUCCAAGAAAAAGUUUGAACAAGUUUGAAAAAUCUUCCAAAUGAAAAGAAUACACAUAAGCCAAAGGGAAAUUGAGACAAGGAA